ACUAAUACUUAUGUUAAUAGAUUUAUAAGUAACUAGUAGUAUUGGGCCGGUUGUAGCUCGUCAAAGCUCUGUGUGUUUUGUAGUGUUGGAUUUUCCCCCUCUCUGCUGCCGCCUUGUGGUCAGUAGGAGAAAAACAACUACUGAAAGACACCAUACAUCUCAAUUCAACAAACUUUAUUUGUCCCCAAGGGGGCAAUUUAAAGGACGCAUAGAGGAGAUUUUAAAAAUACACAAAAGAGAACACACAACCAGUGCCAGACAAACCGCACAAAACAACAACAACAAAAAAGACAAAGACAUGAAGAAACAACAUCAGUGCAAAAAAUAAAAAUAAAAAACAAAGGUGAACAAUGAAGCCUGUGAUAUUAUUAUGAGACUGACAAUAACAUGGGAGACAUUACUAGGGCAAAUAAAUAGCUAUAUAACUAAAUUAAUAACACAUUUUGAUAAAGAAAAUAGCUGUUUGAGAGAUAAUCAAUAAAAAGAUACAAAUACACAGUAUAGGUGCAUAGACAGGUUUGUGUUUAAUUGUCAUUUUGUUUCAUACUUACAGGAGGAUUCAUGGAUGAUGAUGAUGAUGAUGAUAUUGCUGUUUGGGACUGCUGUUGAGCGCCUGUUACAUGGAGAGCAGUGGACACAGCCUUUAAUUUGUGUUUCAGUGUAGAUGGAGACGUCGGCGGCUGCGGGCGGCGUGGGGAGGAUGUCUGGCAACCACCAACGCUCGGUGAAGAGGAGGAGGUGGGGAGGUCUGAGGCAGCAAUGGAAACUUCUGGGCUUGUUUGAGAUCGACCAGCAGCACGAGUUCUACGGCCUGACCUGCAUGAUGAAGGAGGGACUGGCAGCAGCCAUCCAAAGCACCAUAGACAACGCACCCACAAAUGAAGUGUCAGACGAUGAUUUCAGAUUAGAGGUCACUCAGAUUCAUAAGGACUUUGCAAUGGAGACCUUUGCAGGUCCGGUGUUUGCCAGCCUGCGUGGCUCUUUGGGGGUGACAGAGCAGGAGUAUCAGAAGUCUCUGUGCUCUGAAAACUGCUACCUCCAGUUCAUCAGCAACUCCAAGAGCAAGGCCGACUUCUUCCUGACAAAUGAUAAACGCUUCUUUCUGAAGACCCAGAACAAAAGAGAGAUCAAAUUUCUUCUGUCCAACCUGAAGAUCUACAUGGAGCAUCUGAAGAAGUACCCCCACUCAUUGCUAGUCAAGUUCCUAGGUGUCCACAGGAUCAAGAUCCCACACAGACGGAAGAAAUACUUCAUUGUUAUGCAAAGUGUGUUUUAUCCAGAUGAUCGGAUCAAUGCCAGGUACGACAUUAAGGGCUGUGAGGUGAGUCGAUGGACGGAGCCCUCACCAGAGGGGAGCCAGAUUAUUGUGGUUCUCAAAGAUCUGAACUUUGAGGGCCAGUACAUCACUCUGGACCAGCAGCGUCCCUGGCUCCUACGGCAGGUGGAGAUCGACACACACUUCCUGCGGAGGCUCAAUGUGCUGGACUACAGUCUCCUCCUGGCCCAUCAGCCCUUGCAAAAUGACGAGCGCCACCAGAGUCUUUCCUUUGCAACUCUCAUCAUGAGAACAAAAAAAUCUGUGAAUCGAAGCUCCAGUCCCGUUCAUGCAGGCGUAGCUGCUGUCCCUGGGGAAGUCCCAGAGGAUGAUGCCAUCUUGCUUCUAUCUGAAAUAGAUGGCACAUGUUUGAAGCAACCACGACCAGGAGAUGCAUCAAGUGGUAGCACUCUUCAAGUGUGUCCAAAGCAUGCCGGGCCAGGCAAUGAUGCAACUGAGCUCUCUGACUUCAGGGCCCAAAACCGACGUUUACUACCCAACCUGAAGAAUCCUCUGCACAUCAUCGAUGGGCCUGAGCAGCGCUACUUCAUCGGCAUCAUUGACAUUUUCACAGUUUACAGCUUUAAGAAGAGGCUGGAGCAUUUGUGGAAGAGGCUGAGACAUCCAGGCCGGUCAUUCUCCACCGUCAGUCCACAGACUUACUGCCUCAGGCUCUGUCAGUGGGUACAGGACCACACCAAGUAGACCCUGGAUGAGUGGUGGAGACUCACCACCCACUCUUACUGAGCAUGUCUAAACAACCAAAGUCCUUACAAAUGAAGCAUGUUUACCUACAUCUGUUCCAUGGGUCAGAUCACCAUGUGUAAAAUACAAGCCCGACCUCUGUGGCAGUAUAUCUGUGGCUCACCUCGGAGUGCACAGUGAACGUUUUCAGCACUGGAAAAUAUUUUGUGGAGAAAUUAAUAUCACUCAAUACAGUGAGAAAAGUGAUGCCCAACCAUUAAUUUAUUUGAGCAAACAAAAAUCUGUUCUGAACUCACUGAAUAUUUUAUUUUAUUCUAUAUGUUUUCCUUGCUGCAGUAGACAUAUGGUCUACAUGGCCCUAUCUGUGAAACAGCUACAUGUACAAACAAAUGUAUUUAAACUCACUUUGUGUCUGACUUUAAAGGGAUGGUUCAGGUUAUUUGAUGUGGGGUUGUGUGAGGUACUUAUCUGUAGUCAGUGUAUUACCUCCAGUAGAUUCAGAUCAACUCUUAGUUCAGAGAAGAGUGGGAGCGCUGGUGCAGAGGCUGAGCUAUUUAAUUUUCACCACUUUAUUUGCCGUCAAACAGCAAAAUAAAGCAGCACUUCAACUGAUAUAAAAAAAAAAAAUUCUGUGGGUAUUUUUUUAAGUGGUUAAAACACUUUUUUGUGGAUGACCCCAUCCGCAGCAGCUCAUCACUCAGCUUCUGUACUGGUGCUCCUGCUUCUCUAAACUGAGAGCUAAUCC